ACAUAGGCAACUUUAUUAACAUGUGACAUGUCAUAAAAUCUGAAGUGUUUUGCUAUUUUUGUCACACUAGUCACAACUUUGAAUAGAUUGCGUGGUCAUAUGAAUAGAUAAAACCCAAAGAAGAUAAUUAUGGACAGAAGCAAGUAUUAAUUGAAACUAUAUUCGAUUGAAUGUGAUAGCAAGAUCUAUUGGCACUUUAUUUGGACUUAUUAACCCUACAAAAUGGCUCCUAAAAGAGAGGUACCUCCUGCAAUCAAGAAAAUACUUGAUAAAGAUGUUGAGAUUACUAAACACUUUUAUGUGCUUGCCAAUAAAAUCAUCCCAUUGGACAAAUGCAAAACCUAUUUUAAAGGAUUAGAGAUUUCCUGUCAUGGAAUUCCUUGGUUUGCAUUCUGGAUUUGUUUUACUUGGCUGUUCAAUGAUCCUUCAUUGAUUCAAAUGCAAAUAAACAUGCUGCUUGGUUUAACACUGGAUAUUUUAUUUGUUGCUUUUAUCAAGGCUUACACACGACGACGUCGUCCAGCUGCAAAUACUGAUGAUGCUUUGGGUCAAAUUGGUCCAGAUGUCUUCAGUUUUCCAUCAGGGCAUGCAAGUCGUGCAGUAUUUGUCACUUUCUUUUUCAUGUGGCUUCAUCCGUUGUCAUUGUUACUCCAGCCUUUCAUUAUUACUUGGUGUGCUGCUGUUUGUGUGAGCAGAGUACUCUUAAGGAGACAUCAUUUACUUGAUGUUGUGGCUGGAAUUGUACUGGGAAAUUUUAUUGGAUUGCUGCUGGGUGUGUUAUAUGUCAGCGACGAUACUGCAAAAUGGCUUAUGAAUAACUUAUCCGACGAGAAAUUGGAUGGAGGAGAUUUUCAUGUGUGAAGAUAAUUCGCGAAAGAAGGUCUCGAGGCUUCGUGGUUCCGUGCCUCUAACAUUUUUGUCCCUUGUUAGUUAAAGAUUAUAAAUAGUCAUAGGACUCCUGUUUGAUAAUAUCAAAUGAGUUUAGCACUUUGGACGACUGUUCAUAGACGUCGCUAGCAUGGCCAUUUCAAUCAAAUCUGAUUUAGUGAAACCAAGACAAUACCCUAAAGAAACUUAUGAAAUAAAAAAAUAUACCAUUAUUUUGUUUUUAGAUUCAAAUAAGAGUUUAAAAAUAAUAAUGUAAUAAUAAUAAAUCUUCGAAUUUCUGCGCAAAGUCA